UCUAGAUCUGAUUCCUCCUUCGCCCUUUGAGAGUACUUACAUAUAGACGUGUUCGUAAUACAUAAUACAGUGUAGGUGAAAAGACCGGGACUGUGAGUGCGAUGUCCCGUUAGGGGACCUAGAAGACCCACAAAGCUGACGGUCAUCCACUCAGCACUCUCAGUACUUCAAAACAGAUUCUCGUGUCGCGUAACUCGUGCAUGGAUAUCGCUGCCUAUGACGCUCUUUCGCUACCGUUCUUCAACAACAUCAUUUUACUACCGAUUUCGCUGGAGAUGCAAAAACAAGGUGUAGAACUACGCGUGUUCGACAUGAAUCGCAUUCAGUUAUUACACUUCGCCUGAGGCCUGAUAAAAAAUCGGUAGCAUUGCCUCCUUGGAAACCCCAUAAAAAUUUGACAUGGGUCGCACGGGGUACACAUGCAUCAGACACGUUUUCUGUUCACUUAACGUUUUGAUAUGGUUGUGUGCCUGCGGAAUUUUGGGCGCCGGCCUUUGGCUACGAUUGGCUUAUUCUGGAUACACGACUCUUGUACCGCAAUACAGUUUUGCAUCGGCUGAUUCAUUUCUUCUUGCUGCCGGCUGUCUCACCUUCAUUGUUGCUUUCUUCGGAUGCUGCGGCGCUUGGUUCCAAUCAAGAUGCAUGUUAAUCACAUAUUUCAGUUUGGUAAUUCUUGUCUUUUUGGCUGAAUUCAUGCUCGGAACGCUUGCAUUCAUAUUUAAGGAUUACGUGACUAAUAGUUUGCGAGAGGAAUUAUUGUUUGGUAUCGAGAAGCAUUACAACAUCACGAGAGAACCCGGUACUUUGCCUGCCGUUUGGGAUCACAUUCAUUCAGAGUUUCAUUGUUGUGGAGUUCGUGACUAUACGGAUUGGUAUCAGAUCAGUGCAUGGCCAACAGAAGAUCGUGUUCCUGAUUCCUGUUGCAUUCAUCGUGAAAGAUAUUGCGGUCGUCUUGAUCCUGAGGGAAGAAAUAAAGAAUUAUGGUAUAAAGAAGGUUGCUCAUCGGCUAUUCAAAUGUGGCUCGUUACUCGUUUACAUGUAGUUGGCACUGUUGGUCUUGUUGUUGGUUUUCUUCAACUUUUCGGCCUAUUAACCAGUAUGAUUCUAUUUUGCACUGUUAAACAAAAACGCUCGUCUCACACUUACAAAAGUUAUGACACCACUAUCACUUAAUUAUUAUUAUAAUAAUUUUUUUUCUUUGUUUAAAAAAAAAAUUGUUAUUUUUUUCUUCGUUUUGCAAAAAAGAAUUGCACUAAAUUCAACUGUUGGAAACUAAAAUACUCAAAAGAGAAAAAAUGGACUAUUUUUCGAUUAUUAGUUUUGGAAACGAAUUUUUAAUUAUUGAUUUAUUUUUUAUCGAUUUUCGAUUUGAGAUCUGCAGUUUUUUACCAAAGGUACAUUCCUCCGAACGAUUUUAAUUAGUAGGUGAUUAUUAACUAUUACCGUAAUUAUUAAAUUCUACAGUAAUAAUUAUUACAAAAAUAAUAAAUACAGAAAAAAUUAGUAUAGUAAUUAUUAAUUACAAUAAUAACAAUAAUUAUUAUUACAUACUAAUCAAUUUAUUAA